AGUUCGCUUUUGUGAGUUGAACACAGUCUGCCAAUUGAGUCUGUCGUUUUUUUAUUUUACGCAACUGAUAAAUUAUUAAUUUAUUUAUUUUAUAUUAUUUACAAAGUAUUAUUAGUUUUAUUUGUUUUUGUUUUUGUUUUUCAAAUAUAAAAUGACUAGAGAUUCAGAAAAAGGAAAAUAUUUAUCUACAGAAGGAUCAUCAUCUUGUGAAUAUUGGAUUGCAAUUGCAUGUUCACUUCAAGCAUUUACACUUGGCUGUAUGAUAGGAUGGAUAUCACCAAGUGUUAUUAUACUCAGUGCAUCUGAUUCACCAAUAAAAACAACAAUUGAAGGCAUUUCAAAUAUUGCUGCAGCUCUUGCUAUUGGACAUGUUUUAGCUCCAUUUGUCAGUAGUUCAAUGAUCGAUAAGCUGGGACGAAAAAAAACUCUUGUACUUGCUGGUAUACCACUUAUCAUUAACUGGGCAAUGAUUUAUUGUGCCAAAGAUGUUUGGGUUUUGAUAGCAGCUCGUAUACUUGCUGGUAUAUCUUUUGGUGCAUGUAUUUGUGCUGGACCACUUUAUCUUGGUGAAAUUGCAUCUGCUCAUAGACGUGGGCUAAUAGGCUCAAUUGGAGGAGUCAUGUUAAAUAUUGGAAUAUUAUUUUCUUUUAUUAUUGUACCAAAUUUAUCAGUAUCAAAUACAGCAUUGGUAUUUUUAACAAUAUCAAUAAUUGUUGAAUUUUUAAUUUAUCUACUACCAGAAUCACCAUAUUUUUUAGUUAUGGUUGGACGUGAUGAUGAUGCUGAAAUAUCAUUAGAAAAAUUACGUUGUUGUAAUGAUGUUAGUGAUGAACUUAUUGAUAUUAAAUCAACAAUAAUAAAUUCAUCAACAAUGAAAAGUAAUAAUAUUAUAAAUGAUAUUAAAAAAAUAUUUACAAUAAAUUAUAAUUUACGUGCAUUUAUAAUAACAACAAUAUUUGUUGUACCACAACAACUUGGUGGUUAUUCAACAAUAUUAAUAUUUUCACAUGUUAUAUUUAAAGAUGCUGGUGGUAAAUUAAUAUCACCAGAAUUAUGUCCAAUUGGUGUUGCAAUAACUCAAAUAAUAUCAGCUGGUUUUACAACAAUUGUAUUUGAUAAAAUUAAUAGAAAAAAAUUAAUAUUUUAUUCUGGUUUAAUAGCAACAAUAUGUGAUAUUAUUAUUGCAUUUUAUUUUUUUAUAAUUGAAAAAUUAAAUAUUGAUAUAUCAAAUUAUUCAAUUGUAUUAUUAAUAUCAACAAUGAUACUUGUAUUUGCAUUUAAUUUAGGAUUUACAUCAAUGCAAAUGAUACUUAUUGUUGAAGUUUAUUCAACUGAUAUUAAAGCAACUGGUGCAUGUAUGACAUCACUUAUUGGUGGUAUUUUAAGUAUUAUAUCAUUUAAAAUGUAUCUUGUUGUUGUUGAAUCAUGGAACUUUGGACAUUCUGUUCCUUUUAUGGGCUUUACAAUUGUCACGUUUCUCAGUACUUUUGCAUUACUUUAUGCAACACCAGAAACUAAAGGAAAAACAUUUGUUGAAAUACAACGGCUGCUUGCCAAAUAAACCUAUGUUUUAUUUUAAAUACAAACAAAAAUUUACAUUUUACACUCGAUAAAUUGUUUUAUAUUCUUUAAAUUUUACUUUAAUUCAAUGUUUAUUUUAUAGUAGAUAAAUAAUAAAUUGAAUAAAAAACAAAACAAUGAUAAGAUUAUUGAAAGAGAUAAAUACGGAUAAGACUGAGGUAGAAUCAUAAUUUAAAACAUAUCAUCGUUGUUGUUAUUGUUAUUAUAUAAGAAUUAAUUAUUGUAUAUACAUAUUAUGAUAAUGAAACUAAUUUUAUAAUUUUUUUUGUGUAUAUUAUUAGUUUAAUUUUAUGUUCAAAUAAUUAUAUUAAAUUAAACAAGUUUUAUUAUAAAA